AACUCAGUGGGUAACGCGCGAUGCCCGCAUCUUUCUCCUUAUUACUGCAUGGACUCCAUCACACAGUUCAUUAACAAGCCGGAACAUCGAGAUGUUCUUGCCAUCAUCAAAGGUUUCCGUAAUGGAGCAGUCUACGGCGCGAAGAUCAGAUUCCCCCACGCUUUAGUUAUGACCUUUUUAUUUGGUUCGGGAAGCUUGAAGGAUAAAAUGACAAUUAUACUCGAUGCAACAAUUCAGCAUUCAAAAAAUCUCGCAUUUUUUGUUACAAUAUAUAAGACUUUGAUGUAUUUGCAAAAAAAAAUUAAUGGUGGCAUGGAACAAAACGGCCAUUCUUUUAUAGCCGGUUUAAUUGGUGGAUAUAUUGUUUUCGGCGAUAAUAAUAGGGUUAAUCAACAGGUAAAACGCCAAGUGGUAGGUGAACCAAAACACACCUUCCCAGUAUUUGCAGCUAUAGUGUGGGGUGUUGUUAUGUGGCUCUUUCGUCACGAUCGUGAUGUGUUACAACCAUCUUUACAAUCGUCAAUGCA